GAGUUCUCCCGCACUUUUACCCGGUUUCAACUCUCCUAAACCUCCCUCACUCGACGUAACCGUCUGGGGUGUCAACCUCGAAUUCAAUGCGGGGUCUACAUCUCCCACGGACAUCCGGAGGAUCCGUCGCGGGGGAGAUGACUUAAUGCAACGGCGUCUUGGCCCAAGAAAAUGCCCCGGCCGCCUAUUCUUAUUAUUGGGCGGGGGGGAACCAAGUCCAAACGGCCCAAAGAUCGCAGCCUAGCAAGCGAUGACCAGAACUGUUUCUCUGCCAGACCUCAGUGCAUCGCUGAGUCUUCUUGUUCUCGAAGCUCGCUGAAUUGACCGGUCGGAGUUUGCCCCGUGUGGUGUCUCUGCGAAAGUCCACCAGAACGACGCUGUUGCGUUCUCCCCGUUUUAUUUCUCCGCAUGAGACCCUUCGGUCCACUCUCUCCCCUCUUCCCCAGCCGAAACCCGCUCCAGCCAGCAGAAUUCUUCACGACCGGUGCUGAACCACAAUAGUCGAGCGGGAGGCUUCCAGGAUAUAGUAGUCGUCACCUCUAUCCACGCUCAUAUCGAAUAUCGGGCGUCUUUCCUUGUCACCGUCACGACCAAUCUGAGAAUGGCCCGAUGAAUACGCUUCGCUGAUUUGCCUCGAGACCAACCACCUACGCCACCGGACUGCUCCCUCUCCCACCGUUCCUUCCUCCUCGCCCGCAGCAAUUCCAAUGCAAGAAAAGCCGAGCACGGUCGCGGCCUACGCGGCCGGGGCCUCCCUCGCUGCCGUCGCUUUGUUCUACGUCUUCGGGCCGAAUUACACCAUCGACGGCGACGAGUCCAGCGAUAAUAACCGGAAGAAGAGUAUCGUGGGAUUGUCAAACCUGGCCAAUGACUGCUUCAUCAAUUCGGUUCUACAGGCUCUGGCAGGCUUGGGAGAUCUUCGAGUGUACCUGAUUCGCGAGCUUCAUCGGCGCGAACUGGAUGGGCCAGAGAUCUACAACACGGUGCCGAGCCCCGAUGAGCUGUCGCGCGCCGAACGGCCGGACAAGCUGCGGGAGCUGCAGCAGGGUAUUAUCACACGGGCAUUGAAGGAGAUGCUGGACCGGUUGAAUGAGCGUCCAAUUUACAAGAAGAUAAUCUCGGCGCGCGGGUUUAUUCAGGCCUUGGAAUUCGCGUUCCGCACGCGCAUCAGUCGUAAUCAACAAGACGCACAGGAGUUUCUCCAGAUCGUACUGGAGCGGCUGUGUGACGAAUACCAUGCUGGUGUUCGCGCCAGGCAACGCGCCCUCGGCCCCAUUGCCAUGCCGGCUGGCUCGGGAGCAGUGGAGGCUGAGGCGGAGGAAUAUGCGGCCGAGGUGGAAGUGCGAAUCGACGACGGAUCGCCCAAUGGCCUGCCCGCAAUCAUUGACAAUAAAUUGAAGGAGAUUGACAGUGAAGCUGGGUUUCCGUUCGAGGGCAAGUUGGAAUCACAGAUUGUGUGCCAGCAUUGCCAAUACCAGUAUAAGCCGAACCAGACGGCUUUUGUCAACUUGACACUUCAGGUGCCACAGAAGAGCUCUACCACGCUCAGUUCGUGUUUCGAUGGUCUUUUGAAGACCGAGUACAUUGAUGACUUUCGAUGCGACCGGUGUCGUUUGCAACAUGCCAUUGAGCUCAAAACGCUAGAGAAAUCCAGAGCUUAUGCCCAAUCUGAAAAGGAACGACUCGACCGGGAAAUCACACGGAUCCAGGAGGCAUUGGAGUCGGAUCCUGAGAGUGAGCUCGAAGGCAUUGUGAUGCCACCGGCAGAAGUCGCACCGAAGCGAAAGAUUGCCCGCCACAUGCGCAUCGUAUCUUUCCCAAAGGUCAUUGCGAUUCACCUUUCACGCUCGAUCUACGACCGUAACAGUUCCACCAAGAAUGCGGCAAAGGUGUCAUUCCCUGAGCGGCUGCCUUUGGGUGGAAUCUUAAACCAGACUUGGUACAAAUUGCUGGCAAUCGUAUGCCACAAGGGUAGCCACCAUAGUGGUCAUUACGAGUCCUUCCGGCGCAAUCACCUUUAUGCACCAUUCUCGACUCCCGAGGCAUUCAGUUCUUAUGCGCAGAGCCGCGUUGCUAGCGAGACACCCUCGGUGGCGCCCAGUCCUCGACUAGCACCACGGAGUACCCCCGACGUGGACGUAGAAGGCGAAAGUAGCAAUCUCUCCUCAACGACCUCGUCCACGUCGCUAUCCAACGUAUCCCCGGGGGCCUCGCAAUUGACCCCUCCCAUGCCUCGCCCUACCACCUCCAGCUCGCGCCGGUCCUUGCAUAGUACCAACUCCCGAUCCUCUACACCCCAACCCACCUCUGGAUCGGACAGCAACCACAGCCCAACCCCGGACCAAGGCCGAUUCAGUACCUCGUCUGCGCCGCGUCCCUCACGUACUAUUCCCCGGUCGUCGGGGGAGACCAUGUCCGGGGUGAGUUCGCGGCUUCGACGUCGACGUAAGCCAAACGAUCGCUGGUGGCGGAUCUCCGACGAAAAGGUCAAAGAGUGCAAGACGUCGGACGUGCUAGGCAUGCAAAAGGAGGUGUACCUGCUCUUCUACGAGAUGGAGCGGGCAGAUGCAAGCCCCGUGGCUGCCGUUGGGCAGCUUUGAGGGGUGGUUUGCUGUGUGGGGUUGUCUUUUUCAUAUUUCCUCGUCCGUUCUUCUUGUUGUAGAUGGCAUUCUCAUCCAUGUACAUAAAUCUUUGGAUCUCUUGUGUAUAGGUAGGGGGCUGGAAUUAGGUGCAGACCCGGUGAUGUGCUGCAAAGAGCCAUUGGAUAUAUAGCUGGCGCUCAAUAGAGGAAAGAGGUCUACGAUCAAUGUGCCAUGUCCUUGAGUGAUGAAGUCGGGUACAUCACAGUAUCAAGAAUCUUCUAGGGGCUGUCGACCUGCUCAGUUUAAAUUCGCGGACAAGAUCGCAUGUUUUCUUCAUACAUCGCUGGUGCUGCAUCUCGAUCGAAGUGGGGGUUGCAUGGUCAGGUGCCAAUCCAUGACUAAGAGGAUUGGGGAUGCGGGAAAGCUCCUUGAAGUCCUUCCCCGAGCUGGUGAUAUAAUCCAGACUCUUAUAUA